UGGACUGAUGUUGGCAGCUACACAUAUCUCUUUGGAAAUAAGCUGAUGACUUGGGAUGCUACCUGGAGUCAGUGUUGCGCAUUGGGAAUGCAAACGCUUACUAUCGACAACGCUGAGGAGCAAGCAGGCCUCACGAACUUGACCGUCUUGCUUAAAGACAAUUGGCCAAUGAAUUCCAAUUACUGGACUUCCGGAACGUGGAAAGGGGCUCCUGAGGGUCAGUGGUCGUGGUGCGAGUCCGCGGGGACAAGCACCUUGGAUCAGGGCCUCAAAUGGGAAAGCGGACAGCCGGACAACCUUGGAGGCAGCGAACAGUGCAUUCACUUCAGCUUUGCUAUGAAUUCAACGCAAGCCGUCCUGACUGAUCGGAAUUGCUCCAACAGAUACAUUUUCGCUUGCAAAAUGCCACUUAUCGUGACUCCAAAGCCAUGCGUUGUCACUUGUCCAAAAUCCUGCCAGCGUGACACCUCACUGUUUACCCCUGAUGAUCAACUUAUAAACUUUGCAUCUUACGGUGAGUGGUUUAAUGGGUGCGGCCGCAAUUAUUUGUUCUACAAUAAGAUGAGAAUGAAUUGGGCCAGUGCUUGGGAAACGUGUUGCAGCUUUAGAAUGAGCAUGACCUUCUUAGAUACAUCAGACAGAUUACAUUGCAUUUCCAAUUUAAUCACAAGUAGGUUUCCCCCACACACAAUCGGAGAUUUUUGGCUGUCGGGAACGGGUUUAGGAUGCGAUGGAAACCUUCAUUGGUGCUUCCUUGACCGUGAUUUCAAUAACAAAGAUCUGAAGUGGAAGGAAGGUCACCCGAAGGCAGGCCUCGACUGCGUUUACCUCGAAGCGAGGAACGAUUCGGUUCUUUUGGCAACAGCAGCUUGCAAUGAACAGAAACAGUUUCUGUGCGAUGUGCAGAAGCGGGGCCAGAGCCAGGUCGCCAAGCUGAAUGAAUGCCUCGAAACUUGGCAAGUCAAUGAUGGUGAGCUCUAUUCGCUCAUGAACGUGACAUAUUUGCAGGGAACAAACAUCACACUCCGCCAGAAGUGCUUCAUCAGAUGCAUCGGAAACAUGUUUGGAUUGAUGGGAUUUGGAGACGUGAACAGCAUUGCGUUGUUGCGACAAAUUGAGCUUGCGACCCAGGGUGGACCUCAGAAAAUGGAAGACGGACUUAAGGUGCAAGACGAGUGCGGCGGGAAAACAUCCGAUGACGAGUGCGUGACUGCGUUCGAAGUAUACAAGUGUGGACAGGAGAAAGCUCCCGACAUGGUUUUCAACAUGGUCUCGAAUAACUUCGGCACCGGGCCAGUGGUGUCACCACCAGUUCCGUGCGUUCCUGUUUGGAGAUCUUGUUGGCUUACAAAUUCAUUCGAGUGCAUUCCAGACCAAACUGCAAUCAAUUCACUAAACACUGCGAAGAAUGAUUCUAGAGGGAAGAAAGUUACAUAUCUAGGAAAGACCUAUUAUGUGGCAAAUCAUAAUCCUGACAUAUAUUUGAACCCGAUUGAUGCAUAUCAGCAUUGCUGCAAGAUUGGAAUGAGACUUUACGAACCUCAGACCUUAAAAGAUCUUUACAUCACCAAGGACUUAACUAACUUGCUUGGAGACUUCUUCAAGGAUGUCCAAUUUAUCGUGCUGGGUGACACGGAAUUCAUCAACAAAACGCACGAGGUUUGGUGCGGCAGCAGGACCUUGGUGCCAGACGACAUGUUCGACCCUGAUCCGACCGAAAGGUACCCUUGCACUGAGUCGAUUGUCACAUAUUAUGGAGAUGAUACGAUGACAAUGCUUACCGAUUCAGAACUGCUAGACAUUCACUCCUAUUACAUCAAUGAAAAAACUCAAAAUUUUCAGAGUAGUCACUUUGCUAGAUUUAUCUGCGAGCAAGUGUAA